GAAAUGAACGCAUUAUUCGAUUGCUACAGAUAUUUCCAUAAUUCCAUCCUCGUUACAACAAAACCCGAAUGAUUCUCCCUGCUAACCGAGCCAUGCUCCCUCGGGUGAGAAAAACGGGUCGCUCUUCGCCCAGAGAGCAAUAGAACUUGUGACGUGAAUAUAGGUUGAGGCUGAACGAGGGCAGGGCGGGCCGGGGCCCGGGCCGGGCCAAAGCCGGGCGCGGGUGAGGGCGGGGCUGCCUUUGAGAUCUCUCUGGCGUGUUCAGAAGAAAGCUUCGACGAGAAGGGAAAAGAAGGGAAGGGAACCAAGAGCGCUUCGUGGAAUACAGAUAGAUCAGAAGAAAAGGAGGCCUUUUCCUGGAGGAGGGAGGAGGACGAAGAGCUCUGUGCUUGUGGAGAUUGGGCUUUGCUUCUGCAGGAGAGAAGAAGUGAAGUGCUUUCGUUCGUUGUGACAGGCAGGUAGAGAAGAACAGAGCGCAGAGUGCGGGAGAAUAGUCGAGGGAGGUGGAGGAAAUCGCGAAUUGAGGAAGAGGGAGAUUGAUUAGUCGACGGCAAGUAAUCGAGACUGGUAGAGAUGGCGGGGGAACCUUUCGGAGGAGAGGAGAAGAAAGAGGAAACCACCGCAGCAGCUGCUGCUGCACCAGCGGCCGCGACUGCGACGACUGCUGCCACCACCACUACUACGAGCGAGAGCAAGGACGAUGCGGCUCCAUCGGCCACAACUGCGGAGGAAGGAACCGAGGAGAAAGUUGCAGUAACAGGAGAUGAGGAGGACACCGGAGCACAGAUUGCACCUAUUGUUAGGCUGGAAGAAGUGGCGAUUAGCACCGGAGAAGAGAACGAAGAGGUUCUUCUGGACUUAAAGGCGAAGCUCUACCGUUUUGACAAGGAUGGGAAUCAGUGGAAGGAAAGAGGAGUUGGACAAGUAAAGCUUCUUCAACAUAAGGAGUCAGGAAAGAUCCGUCUGCUUAUGCGUCAAAGCAGGACUCUUAAGAUCUGUGCCAAUCACUUGGUUAUUCCUGCUACCACUCUCCAAGAGCACGCCGGCAGUGACAAGUCUUGGGUAUGGCACGCCUCCGAUUAUUCCGAUGGAGAGUUGAAGGAAGAACUUUUCUGCAUAAGGCUCGGCAGCACUGACAGUGCGCAAAAAUUCAAGUCCGCAUUUGAAGAAGCUCAGGACAAAAUGGCAGGAAAGGAUGGAGCUGCCGAUGCAGAAGCGGAUGCGGCUGCUGCCGCCCUUGGAGGACUUUCAGUGGACGAGAAACCCAAGGAAGCCGUUGAGCAACCUGCAGCCUAAGCCUUAUGCAUAGACGGGAGAAAAGUUUGAGAUGGUGUAGUGCAAGUCAGUUUGGACUGAACCUAUUCAUUCUCCAAUCUCUGGUUCUCAAGGCCUCUAUGGUUGGUCAGCAACUUGGCACCUCUGGUUUCGCAGUGACCAGGCCUUGUUUGUUUGUAUGUGCUUCAACCCUUGAAGGUGCGUGUGUUGCUUUGUUGCAGAUUAUGCGCAAUUCUGAAGAGCUGUUGUACCACAGGAUGCCCAACCGGCCGUUGGCUUUCAGUGGGCCAAUAAUCUGGAGUUAUUGCCACCUAGUUAUCAGAAGCUUUGAAUUGUUUAGAAAGCUCUGCCUCCAAAGCAUCUCUGGAUAGUAGGGUCAAAUGUCGAAAUGAUUACAGGAGGGGAUGUGUUGUUUUAGAUGUCUUACUGCUACGGCUUGUUACCUAGGUCAAAUUAUAAAAAAAUUGAGUCAAAUUCACAUGAUUGCA